AUGACUGAGAAACAAUCCAACCAGACAUACGACCCCGAAGCCAAGAUGGGCGAGGUGGCUCAGGAAAUUGACCUGAAUGCGGAGAAGAGCUACGUGCGCAAGGUGGACCUCUUCCUGCUGCCGCUACUAUGCUUGAUGUACUUCUUCGAUUGCAUGGACAGGAGCAACCUGGCAAACGCAAAGACAGAUGGACUAGAGCAUGAUCUCAAUCUCAAGGGAAAUGAGUACUCGCUGAUCGUCCUGCUCUUUUACAUCCCAUUUGGGCUCUGCGAUCUGCCAUGGAACCUGUUGCUCAAGCGAUAUUCUGGGCGAAUCAUGUUGUCGUUAAUGACCGUGGUCUGGAGCAUCCUCGCCCUAUGCCAGUGUGCCGCCAAGAGCUUUGGAGCAAUGCUAGCUAUUCGGAUUAUCUUGGGCGUAUUUGAGGCGGGCUUUUUCGCCGGUGCAACCUUCUACUUCACCCUGUUCUACACCCGCGGUGAAAUGGGUUUCCGACUGGCCAUCAUGCAAUCUUUCGCCGUAUUGGCCUCGGCCUUCAGCGGUCUGAUCUCCUUCGGGGUCUUCCAAAUCAACGACCCGGCUGUGCACGGUUGGCAAUGGUUGUUCAUCAUCGAAGGAUCCAUGACGCUUUUGACGGGAAUAAUUGGAUUCUGGUGGCUCCCCGACCGACCCCAGACAGCCUGGUUCUUGAACGAGCGAGAACGCAAAGCGGCCACGAAUCGUCUGCUGCGCGAUACAUCGUCCGAAGUCGAGACCGGACUGGACCUGAAGGCCGCAUUCCAGACAUGGAAAGACUGGAAGUUCCCCAUCUGGUGUAUCAUCACUUUCACGUAUCCGGUGGCCUACGCGACGGCGAUGAAUUUCUUUCCGCUGAUCGUCCAACGACUGGGGUUUUCCACGGUAAAGACGAAUCUGUGGACCGUUGCGCCGAAUCUCGUCGGCGCGGUAAUCCUUCUCUGCGUAGCCAAAUCGUCCGAUUAUUUCCGGGAGCGAGGAUUCCACAUUGUCUUUUCUCUGAUAUUGUCACUGAUCGGGAUGAUUAUCCUCGCGACGAUCGAUGUUCUUGCUAACAAAGGCGUCGCGUACUUUGCCUGCUUCCUGAUGGCGGCGGGCGCGUACAUCCCGUCGUGUCUGGUGCAUGCCUGGCACAACAACAACAACGUGCACGAGAACUCCCGAGCGGCGAAUACCGGAUUCUUUGUAGGCCUGGGCAAUCUUGCGGGGGUGUUAAGCGCGGCGACCUUUCGCACGGAAUAUGCGCCCAAAUACAUCCCCACCCUCCUAUCGACGUGCUGCUGCAACGGCGUGUGCAUCGUCUUCGCCACGGGCCUCGCAGUCUGGAUGCGACUAGAAAACCGACGACGAGAUCAGACGCAGGGAAUGCGACGGCGCGGCGAAGACGUCGAUACCCGGCAAUUAUCAGCGGGGGAGGCCAGUGCCGAUUGGAGAUACUUUCUAUAG